AUGGAGUCAGGAGAGCAAGAAAUCAACGGCUUGUUUUCCACACCUACUGAAUGGUCGAUGGUCUGCGGGUGGCAGCCCCGGCAGGCGACGAAUAUGACGUCACGACCCAGCAACCAAUGGAAAGUAGACAACUCACACGUGUUCCCGGCUUCACUCCCAAGGGCAAUGGCAUCUCGUUACGUGGCCAUGCCGGUGUGGAAUAUUCGACCCAAGUUCAUGAUGGCUACCUUUUCAGUCCCCAUAAUUUUCUUAGUUUUGUUUUUCCAAACUGUCCUGUGUGGAGAGCACGAUGUGGUCCAACUGUCUGAUGACAACUUUGAGCAUAAGCUCAAAAGGGUUGAUAAUGCUUUGGUGAUGUUCUUUGCACCCUGGUGUGGUCACUGUAAGAAGCUGAAGCCAGAAUUUGAAGAGGCAGCCAAGAUCUUGAAGAAUGAUGAUCCUCCAGUUCUCCUGGCAAAGGUUGACUGUACUGAAAGUGGAAAGGACACUUGUGGAAAAUUUGAUGUAAGUGGAUAUCCCACUCUGAAGAUCUUUCAGGAAGGUGUUUUAUCAAAGGAAUAUGAAGGGCCUCGGGAUUCAAAGGGAAUUGUUCGAUACAUGCGUCAGACAGUAGGACCUGCAGCCAAGUCAUUUAAUAGCAUUGAGGAGGUGGAGAAGUUCCUGUCAUCACAGGAUGCAGCCAUCAUUGGAUUCUUCAAAGAUGACUCUUCUGAUAUGGCAAAGCAAUUCAAGAAAUUGAGUGACAAGAAGAGGACUGUGUGGAAGUUUGGGGUCACUAAUAAAGAUGAUGUCUUGGACAAAUAUGGAUACAAAGACAAUGUAGUGCUGUUCCAUCCCAAGCAACUCCACAGCAAGUUUGAAGAGUCCAAGUAUGUUUUCCCCAAGGAUGGUAGCAUGGAGUUGGAAGACUUCAUCCGCAAGUUCCAGCAUGGCUUAGCUGGUCAUCGCACUCCUGACACAGUCACUGACUUCUUUGACCCAGAUAUUCCUCUCAUUGUUGCCUAUUACAAUGUUGAUUAUGUCAAGAAUCUCAAAGGAACCAAUUAUUGGCGGAAUCGUGUCAUGAAGGUGGCCAAGGAUUUCCUUGGGAAGUUGCGCUUUGCAGUUGCCAACCAUAAUGACUUCCAGAAUGAACUCAAUGACUUUGGAAUCACUUUCACUUCUGGCGAGAAACCUGUCAUUGGAGCCAAGGAUGGAAAAGGGCAGAAAUUUAUCAUGGAUGGGGAGUUCAGUGUGGAGAAGUUGGAAAAAUUUGCCCAGGAUUUGUUGGAUGGGAAACUGCAGCCACAUGUGAAGUCUGAGGAUACCCCUGAACCAGGCCCUCCAGGCUCAGUCACAGUUGCUGUUGCCAAGAACUUCAAAGAAGUUGUCACUGAUAAUGGCAAGGACACACUGCUUGAAUUCUAUGCUCCAUGGUGUGGUCACUGCAAGAAACUUGCCCCUAUCUAUGAUGAGUUGGCUGAGAAGAUGAAGGAUGAAGAUGGCAUUGCAAUUGUGAAGAUGGAUGCCACGUCCAAUGAUGUUCCGUCCACAUAUCAAGUCACUGGAUACCCAACCCUGUACUGGGCACCCAAGAACAAGAAGGAUUCACCCAUCAGAUAUUCAGGUGGUCGAGAACUGGAUGACUUGAUCAAGUACAUUGCUGAGCAUGCCACUGAUGAACUCAAGGGCUGGGAUCGGAAUGGAAAGAAGAAGAAGGAAGAGCUCUAAGGACAAAUUAGGCUGAGCUUGGGUUGAGUGAAAUUUUGGAUAGGCCUACAAGUUUGGAUGUUUUAAUUUUUAAUGCAUAUUAUGUCACUUUCCCUCAUAUUGAAAAUUUUUUUGUCUCUCUGUGUUUAAAAGAGGCGCAUUCCACUCGCUGCAGGUCUCUGUGAUAUUGCAAGUGUGAACACUGUCUCAUCUCCUUGUUUUCUCUUGAAAAUGGUUCAAUGUGUCCUUGUGAGUGGGAAUAAAUGUAAGACUGUUCAUAAGCCUGAACUCUGUUCUCUAGACAACCAUAAGUUGAAGGUAGAGGUAAGAAGAUUUUUUAUUCAGCUAUGAUGAAUGAUACAAAGCAGAAGAAACACCAUAGGACUGGAAAGCAUCCAUUCGACCUCUAAGUGGAUGUGGACGAAGACCAAGGCCUUGUGAUGGGUUCCAACGCAUUUCUUGUCUCUCUGGAUUUUCUGGUUUAUGCUUGUGAAGAGCCU